CCCCCGCGUGGCCGUCCUGAAGACAACUCGCGGGCGGCGGAUUGAGUUCAAACAAGCCAACGGAGCAGCAGGACGGAAUGUGGCGGAGAGACAGCGAUAUGAGCCACGGACAUUCACCUCCACCAGCCUGAUAAAGUGCAUAUUACAUGACAGGGAAGGAGAUUCCGUUUUGAACCCGAAGGGCUCUGAAGGUCAAUGUCCUCCUCUCAAGCUGAACGUCGCUCUUAGACCCCAUCGUCGUACGGAAGCUGCUGAGGCCAGCCGAGGUCUGCGUUGGUGCGAGGAGCCUUGCUUCCAGCUGCAGUGGCAGGGCGGCGGCGAGCCCCAGACUCAGGGAGAUGGCUUCACCCUUCGUGCCUGUCCCCGUCCCCAUGGACAGAGCCCUGCCCGGCGGCGGCAAGCUGAGGCGCCCGCAACGCGCCGCGUCUCUGGGAAGCGUCUCCAGCGGCUCUGAGUCCUCGUCCCCCAUCACCAGGUCGGCGGGGGAGGAGCGGGGACGCCCCGGCGGCGCGGCGGCUUCACAGCGGCAGCCGCGCCGCACGGACAGAGCCAACCGCAGCCUGACGCCGCCGCCCCCGCAGAGCCCCGUGACACGGGCCGGGCUGAACGGGACGCUGGAAACCUCUGCGUGUCCUCGGUCGGCGUCGGAUCCUGCCGGGAGUCGGCGAGCAGAGGAGAGGCCGAUCACCCCCACGGUGCUGGGGUACGAGGUCAUGGAGGAGAGAGCCAAGUUCACGGUUUAUAAGAUCCUGGUCCGCAAGAGUUCAGACGAGAGCUGGGUCGUAUUCAGAAGGUACACGGACUUCUCCCGACUCAACGACAAGCUAAAGGAAAUGUUCCCUGGUUUCCGGCUCUCGCUGCCUCCCAAGAGGUGGUUUAAGGACAACUACAACAGCGACUUCCUGGAAGACAGGCAGCUGGGACUCCAGGCUUUUUUACAGAACUUGGUGGCACACAAAGACAUCGCCAACUGCCUUCCAGUGAGGGAGUUUUUGUGCCUCGAUGACCCUCCUGGACCUUUUGACAGCCUUGAGGAGAGCCGGGUGUUCUGUGAGACUCUCGAGGAGAGCAACUAUCGCCUCCAGAAGGAGCUGCUGGAGAAGCAGAAGGAGAUCGACUCCCUAAGGAGGAAACUAGAGGACAGGGAGCAGACCAUCCUGAGACUGGAGAAGCACGUCAAGUCAGUAGACAGCGGAGGGUGCGCCAGCCCGGGGUCUCCGUGGGGUCUGUCGGCUCAGGGAAGCGAGAGCAGCGCAGACGUCGAUGUGGAGUCGUCUGCAGCGGAGGCGGAUCAGGACAUGCCGGACGACCCGGGCGACAGGUGUCAGCUCCAGCCGGUGCGGUCCUCCGCCUGCUGGUGCAGGCCAUCGCUCGGCACCUCUCCUCCGGUCAUCCAGGUCACGCAGCUGUUCCACAAGAAAAGCGAGGAUUAGCGCCGAGCCCCGCGCUCUCCGCUCGCCCCCCCCCCCCCUCCAUCGUCCACCCGUCUGACUCCACGUCACAUGGCCUUUCACCACGUCUCAGCCUGGAUCUGCUGUUUGACCUCAGAGAGUCGGAGUUCGAUCUGCCGGGGCACGGAGUCGGGGAGGUUUCACAGCGACGCGACUUGCGGGUUAUUUUAUCUGGCACUUUCUAAAACCUGAGAACCUCAGCCGCAGCUCGAACCUGCUGCGUUUGUCGCGCCGUGCUUCUGAUCUUCGCCACCAGAAAGCUUGGCUGCAACAAACCUGAAGGCUUGAUGACUUUCAGACUGACAAUCUUAAGCGUUAUCAUCUCAGACCUGUGGCCUUGUGAGAAGUCUUCUCCAAACUGGGAGACAGCACCCCCAUGUGGCCAUGUGAGCAGAUCUUGAUUAGUCACUGGACAAGCACCAGACGGGUUGUGUUCGGGUCAAUAUGUGUCAAUACUCUGUACUGCCACUGACUGUUAUUAGUUUAAACGGACCUUUCUCCCACCGUCGGUCAGUUUGCACCCAGAAGCCAAUCUUCCCUCUUGUUCUAAGUGCUUCUUGGUUGGAAGCCGCAUCACACAGAUCCAAAAAGGAGACAUGAAACGCAAUAGCUGAUAUGUACUGAAAUCAUCAUUUCAUAAUGUUUAAAUGAGAAGAAAAAGAUGCCUGUCCUGUUCAUAGCUUAGGCUACAAUCAUUGUUUAAUAAUCUGGGGAACGGUAAAGGAACAUUUCAGCCAGUUCAAUAGCUUUCCUCCAUUCAUCAAUAUGGUAAUGUGCUUUCAUCCGUUGACGAUUUUACAUUAAUAUAUGCACUUUAAGAUAUUGGUCUCUAGAUUAUUAUGAUUUAGUUAAAAAAAAUAUUUACUCUUUUGUGCUUAAUGUAUUUAAUUUACUACGAAAUAUAACACUAAGUCAGAUGUGGUUGUUUUUCCAAGCUAGUCCAGGCGGCCGUGAGAUCCAGCACGCUGACGCUAUAAGAGAACGACCGUGUUGAACCAAGACUUUGCUCAGAAAUGCAAACGGUGGCUCGUCUUUUACAUCACUAAUGGUGCUAAACUCUAGAAACAUCCCGUCUAGGCGGUUCCUGGCGAGCAAGUCACCCACACAAGCCAUAUUUUCUAAUCGAAGCAACACUAGAGGCAGACGUAUCGCAUGGUGAGCCCUGUGUGGCUUUUGCUCUUUAAUCAUCAUUUACGGGUUGGGGGGGGGGGGGGGUUGGCUGAUGUCUCAUGCUCGGCCUGGACCAGGUCCGGUUUUGCACUUUAAGGUUGAAUGGCGAAGCUUGAAGAUUGCUCGGAUGUUGUUUUUACUAUUUCUAAGACGGAAACAUGCCUUUUUGAUCACUAACAUCUGUUUUGGUUUCUCCGUGUAAAAUGUUAAUAUUUGUUGUGUUUAUGAUCAGCGCUUUUCUGUAUAGUUGCCUCUUGCUUGACUAAGUGCCUUGAAGGGUUGUUUCUUAGCUUUUCUGAAUUGCUUUAUAGAUUUGUGCAGGACAUGAACCAUAUCCUCUCUCUUCUUCGGACGGAGCGCUUUUAAAUAACACUCUUGUGUGUACAAUCUUGUUUUUGAAUGGACCUUACGCCAUGUUUUUUUUUUUGUAAUAUUACACAAAUCGAAUCUUAGCUGAUAUACACGUCUGUAGUUUCACUUGAAAAUAUAUAUAAAUGUAUACACAAAUAACAUUUGGUGCCGACAACAGGGCCCCUGGUGUGAAACGGAUACUGUUGACACUGUUACACGCGCUGCUUAUGAGGUAAAAUAAAUGUUCACAUGAUUAAAGAGGGAGUAACGUUGAAUACACAUAUCUUUGUUUUACGUUUCGCAUCUCUGUUACCAUGGCAAUAAAUGGUACCACUUUUUUUCUUUUGUGAAAUAAAAGUUUGGAUCUGUC